AUGGCGGCGGAUCGUUCAAAGGGUAAUCACGGCAAUAAAAGCCGACCAUUUCGUUUGGUGUUACUACGAGCUGAUAAUUGUGAUAAUACUGCUGCAUGAAAGGUCGUUAUUAACGCCAAUAAAGAGAGCAGAAGGGCCCAAAUUGCAUUUUUGUUAUUUUCGCCCGCCAUCUUUAAUUCCUUCUAAUCCUCUACCUGGUAGCCACACGGACCGCAAUUUCUGCAUGUAAACCCAACGAAACGUUGUUCCACCUUCCAGGAUCUUCCUACCUCCAUGUAAACAACCCCAUAGAGUACGUUUGAAGUAACAACCGCUAUUCACAGGUACAAGGCCAUCGUCACAUCUAAGCGUGUCGGUCGAUCCCUGGUGAUGGCUUGGGCAGCUCCGGUGGCUUCUUGGAUAGCACUACCUCUUUGUUACAGAGAACGUGGCAGUCUAGUGAUGUUGCGUGGUAUGGGCUGCUUGGAACUGAGCGACAAAACGUCUCCGUUCGUUAAAGCUCAUCUCAUCCUGAAUGUGGCAAUAUUUGGCGGCAUUCCUUUUGCAGUAAUGGCCUUUGUCUACUUCCGUGUUUUUAAGAUUUCGCGCCGUCAGAACAAACGUGAGCACCUUGGAAAAACGCUUUUGUUUAGUAUGAAGAAAUCUGGGAUGACGGCAAAAUGGUUAAAAGCUAUAGGUAAAAUGAACAGGCCAUUUGCACGAUGA